CGUUUCCGAAAUCGCUUAAGUUCGGCGAAUUUCUAUUUCAUACCGAUGAUAACCGAUUUUUUAUUUAUAUUAAUACUUUCCCAUAUUAUAUAAAACCUUCUGACAACACUGGAACAUUUCAAUCGUCAUUGUCUCGCGUGUAGCUCGUGAAUGAGAAAUUUUUUUUGCAGUGCGUUAAAAUGGUCCGCAAACGCGUUAAUGCAUCAAAAAAACGCGUGCUUCAAGUAUCCAACGAGAGGAACUCGGAGUUUAUACUGAAUGAUCUAUCAGAAUUACAGAAAUCGACUAGAUCCGGCGAGUUGAGUUGCGAGCCUGACACCAAAAAACUGGCACUUGUGGAAAUAAUCGAUAACAAUGCUCAGUCCGAGAGUGCAACUUCCGAAAAUCAUGGAUUUACAAAACCGAGGUCCAUUCGUAAAUUGGCACCGAUUGUUAAAGUUCCACAGCAACCAAUAACAGGAAAAAUUGAGCCGGAAGAGGCACCACAAGCUGGGCCAAGCCGAUCUCGAGAUUCAAAGGUCGGACGCGUUAUUGCUGACGAUUUUGAAGAUAAUUCUGGCGAUUCAGAUAUCGAAAACGAUCUGUAUGGUUUUGAUGAUGACGAGUUGGAGGCAACUGAGUUCGGUUUGACUUCUUGCCAGGAAAAGAUCGUUGAUUCAGAAUGCUUGGCGGAGGAAAUGGCAAAAUUAAAGGCUGAAAAUGCUGAAUUACGAAAGCAUAACAUGUUUUUGAAAAAACGAAAGAGCAAUCUCGAACGGUCCCACGCCGCAAUGCAGCAGGCCUUGCUGUCGAAACUUUUGCCUGUAACUCAUAAACCUUUUGAAAAUGUAGAAGUAUUCCCAGGUUGUCCAAGCGCCGACAAAAUAUCGAAGAUGUCUGUAGUUGCAAAGGACAGUGACUAUAUCUUUGUCAAGCUUCUCACGUAUGCAAUCUGGCCUGAGGGAUUCGCAGGGAGAUCAGUGACAGGACGCACAUCGAACAAUCCAAAAGGACGUCAUAAAAAAAACCUUCAAUCUAUUGCUGAUGGCCAAUCGAAGGCUGAAAACAGCACAAUCCCUGUGCGUACAGCACUGGAAAAAAACAAAGUAAAAUUUGUCAAUGGUAAUGUAUUAAUAUAUACAUAUUUCAAAACUCUACAACUUUAAUUGUUUAUUUUUAGAUUGUUUAAUUGAAAGACGUCUCUUGU